UUGACAGUUCUUCUUUUUCUACUCAUUGUGAAUGUGUCAACAUAGCCAACAGGAAAAAAAAAUUGAAACGAAAAAGUUGGAAAAAAUUGAAAUGGCUGUUUGUAUAUCAAUUAUUGGAAAAGAUAAUGCACCUUUGUACUUGGCGACAACUGACUUGGACAAAGAGCUAGAACUUCAAUAUCAAGUUCAUGCGGCUUUAGAUGUUGUAGAAGAAAAAUGCUUACCAACACCAAAAGCUACUCCUGAAUCUAAAGAACUGUAUUUGGGGCUUUUAUAUACAACAGAAACUCAUAAAAUCUAUGGAUUUGUGACAAAUACUAAAAUUAAAUUCAUAAUCGUUGUUGACUCUGGGAAUAUUGCUUUAAGAGAAAAUGAAGUUAGAUCGAUGUUCCGAAAUCUCCAAAUUUUGUACACCGAUGCUGUCUGUAAUCCAUUUUAUGCUCCUGGAGAGCAACUUACUUCCAGAAAAUUCGACAAAACUGUACGAAAUAUAAUGAGCGGAAAUUCAUAAAAGUUAUAGUUUAAGAUAACGUUAAUUUGUAUGAAUCAUAAAAUAAAUUAUUAAAAAAAUGAAUGGAAUAAGAAUUUUGUUUUGAA